UUUUGAAGGCUUCUAAGGGUUGUCUUAUUGAGAACAGUCCACCUGGCCUCCUCCCUCCACCCUUCUUCCACCCCCCCAGGCAGCAGCUAUGAAUUGGUCUGCCCUGGAGUCCCUCCUCAGCGGGGUCAACAAGUACUCCACGUCGUUUGGCCGCGUCUGGUUGUCCGUGGUCUUCGUCUUCCGGGUGUUGGUGUUCGUGGUGGCGGCGCAGCGAGUGUGGGGCGACGAGAGCAAGGACUUUGUGUGCAACACGGCGCAGCCCGGCUGCAGCAACGUCUGUUACGACGCAAUCUUCCCCAUCUCUCACAUCCGCCUGUGGGCCCUGCAGCUCAUCUUCGUCACGUGCCCCUCCCUGAUGGUGACGGCACACGUGAAAUACCGCGAGAAGAAAGACAUGGUGUACACCCAAGCACACAAGGGUGCUCAUCUUUAUGCCAACCCUGGGAAGAAACGUGGAGGUCUCUGGUGGACCUAUUUGGUGAGCCUGCUGUUCAAGAUCGCCUUUGACGCCGGCUUCCUUUACCUCCUCUACCACAUUUACGACGGCUACGACAUGCCCCGACUGUCCAAGUGCUCUCUGGAGCCGUGCCCCAACACGGUGGACUGCUUCAUUUCACGGCCUACAGAGAAGAAAAUCUUCACCCUCUUCAUGGUGGUCUCCUCUGCCGUCUGCAUCUUCAUGUGCAUCUGCGAGAUGAUUUACCUCAUCUGCAAACGCACCAUGAAAUAUAAGAUGAAGAGGAACGAAAGGAGGAGGAGGGAGUUCGCCGGCAAACAGGAAAUGACCCCACUGUCGGCGCCCAGGUCGGAGUUCAGGUCCAAAACGUCCAUCAGGGUUGAUCCCACCGCUUCCGUCAACAACCUCAAUCACAUGACGGCUGAGGAAGGACAGAAACUGCAACGAAACAAUUCCCAACGUGAAAACGGCAAGGUGGAGCACACUAAAUAAGGAGAUAAGACUGACAAAAGCAGCCGAGGAACAUUUUCAUCAAUUCUGGAAUGACUUUUGUAAAUAGAUUGAUGGACUUUUCACAUUAAGGUACCUUGAUGUAAAUACUACAGGAUUUGGAUGUUUGUGGAUGUAUUUUAGUGUAUCAUUUUAACAACCCUUAAGAGGUCCUUCAAAUGCACUCAUUUCUCCCAAAAAACAAAAAACGUCAGCUUCCCAAAAAACUGCUGCUAAAAUAAUUUCUAUAAAAUACAUUUCAAAGAGUAUUUAUGUUAUAUAUUUAUACUUAUGAUUAGGCCCUGACAUGGGUUAAUGAUUGGCAGCAACACCGAUUUCAUGAAUUAUAUAUAUAUUUUUUUCAUAACUCACACUCCUUAGGACAAAUAAUGUCACCUUCCCAAAAACUUCCCCCCCCCCAAAAAAAAUAUCACACAGUAAUUUUUUUCCCCACUUUAAACAGGUCAAUCUUUUAAAAGUACUUCAGCUUGAAAUAUAAAUAUCAAAUAUAUGUUGGCUUUUUUAACAAUUCAAAGGCCAGUGUGUUUGCAUAACUUGAUUGUUUUUUUGUUUUUUUUUAUAAAAACAAAAAACAAAACUGAAAUAAAAACACAUGCUCGCACUUUAAAAAUCCAACAUCAGUAACAGCACAUAUUUAUAAUUUAUAAUUUCAGGUCCAAAGCACAUUUGCAGAAAACAGUAACAGGUGAUACAUUUUACUGCAUGCUUUGAAUGGGAAAAGGUAGUGCCAUCUGGUGGACAAAUUAAGAAGACAGCAGUCCAACUUGAAAUCUCAAAGGAUUGCAUUAGUUUUUGUUACGAUACUUACGGUGUGUGUGUGUGGGGGCGGGGGGAGUUAUAGAACAUUUUUUUUGCAUUGUGUGGGUUUUGUGUUGCUUUGACAAUUAAUCUAAUCUAAUCUAAUUUAAGACUAUUUUUAAAUUAAUACUCUUUGGAAAAUUACACCUACAUUUAUUCAAACAGCCAAAAUAGCUUAAAAAAAAUAAUGGCACAAACCGUCCCUCGGACUCUUAAGGGUUUUAAUGAACACAGGAAGUUCUCACAAUUGUAAAAUAUUGGCACUAAAUGCUGAAACAACACGGUAAACAAGAACAUACUAAAUUCUAAUGCCCUCCAAUCAAAACACAGCUUAUGAGCACCAAGCACUUUUUUUGUUAUUGUUAUUAUUAGUUCAUUUGAAGUAAAUGACUUGUCUUUGACUUACAUUGGCAUGAAGGGGGUCAUAUCACUUAGGUUACCUAACCCUAACCCUAAAGACAAUUGUUACAAUUAAUAUUAUAUAGUACUUUUUUAAAAACAUUUUAUGUUGUAUUUAUUGUUUUUGUGAGCUGUAAAGUAAAAGCAUUUUUAGUA